AUGUCAGGCCAAGACGAGUUAAUGCUUUUGGAACGUGUGUUCCUGCGUAUUGGUUCUGCAGAAAGUGAUGAACAGUUGGAAACAGCACUUGGAAAAUUUCUUACCCCAGUCCUUUUGAAACUUUCCAGUCCUGAAGAAAGUGUCAGAAAAAAGGUGAUGGAAUUGUUGGUUCAUGUGAACAAAAGGUUGAAGAGUCGCCCUAAGGUACAUUUACCUGUAGAGUCUUUACUGACUCAGUACCAGGACCCCUCAGCUUCUCCAUUCAUAACGAAUUUUACUGUUCUUUAUAUCAAGAUGGGUUACCCUCGUCUGCAGCCAGAAAAACAAGCAGAACUGAUCCCUAUGCUAAUAAACUGUAUGGAAGGCAAACCUCAACCCCAGCAAAACAGUCUGUUCCAAUUAGUGGUGCCUGCUCUCCAAUACGUGAAGAUAUCCAGUGUGCCAUCAAAAGUUAAUCCCAAAUUUGGCUUGUCUGAGAAACCAAACAUCAGCAAACAAUUCCUGGAUUAUAUGAUGGAUGUUUUGCUUUUACCUUAUAAUGCACAUGUUUCUGUGCCAGCAUCUGUUGAAGUACAAGGAAGUGAUAAUCGUCCUGCCACUGCUCCAGCUAGAAGUCAAGGAUCAACAGCACCUAUUUCAGUGCCUCCAGGGAUGAGUGAACAGAGUCUGAAAAGGGUUACUGGAGAUAACCCAUUAAAGCCUGAAGAGCUGGAAAAAUGUAAACUGGGUAUCUUGAAUUUCCUGGGUGCUGGAAUAUUCCCUGAUGAUAAUGUUAUCUGUCAUUAUAUCAUUGCUGCUGCAGAUACACGUCACAGCAUAGCCACAGCUGCUGAUAUGGAACUGAAAAGAAUCAUGGGAAGUAUUGAUUGGAAUGCUCCUGCCAUAAUCAAUAAGCUUUACAGUAUAUUUCUUGGAACAAUUGUCAUCAAAGGCAAGGAGAGCAGUGUGAAACCAGAAAGUAGAAAAACUCCUGCAAGUACAAGAAUACGUUUAAAAUUAUUUCCCUACUUCUUGAAAUCCAGGGAAGCCACCAACAUCUUUCCAGCUUGUAUCCAGGUGAUAUUUGAUUGCCUUUUUGGUGCAAGUAACCAUGCGCGCCUCAAAGUAAUGGCAGUCCAACUUGUCCAUCAUGUGUGUCUGAGUUGUUCCGAUACCAAAUUUAAUCCAAUCAGCCCUGUCUUACUCUCUGGAAUGGUUAAACUACUUGGAAUGGCCAAAGAGGAUGACAAACUCCGUGGGCUUACUUAUGUUGCAAUUGGUAAAAUUGUAAAACGUAGCCCGAGUCUGAUCUCUAAAGAUAUAUCACUGGUGCAAAAUUUUUUUGAUGCUGUUUGUAAGGAAGAUUCCGAGCGUCGUCUUGCUGUACAAGAAGCAUUGAGUCUAAUGGCUGAACCAUUUCGGAGUCAAGAUGAAACUAACAAGAAACUGAUGGAAGCACUGAUUAUGGAAAACAUUGACAAGGCAGAAUAUCAAGCACGUUCAGUUGCUGUUCAAUAUGCCAAAUCUGUGUUCAGCCAAAACCACAUUCCUUCAAGAUAUGUCUUACUGCUUGCCACAGGUGAUGUGAGAGAUGAUAUCAGAAAUGAAGCCUUAAAAGGUGUACUCCUUUCUGGCCAUGACAACAAUAAAAUGACAAAAGAAGAUAAAACUUUACCAGAUUUUUGUGAAAUCACUACUUACAUACAUGAAAAGGCUGAACUUCGAAUCAACAGUGUAUUUAGACACAUCUCUGCAAACCAUACACUGGCCUUUUCACCUUCAUGUUUCAUUUCAGUGAUUAUAUACUUAAGACAAUGCCUAGCAGCAAGUGCGGAAGCCGAGAUGAUAGCUGGAAAGGAUGCAUCUCCCAGCACUUUUCUGAGCCAAGCUCCAUUGAUAAGCCGUUAUGUUAAUAAGCAACUUGAUAUCUCAGGAGAAAGAAAAGGGCCUGUUUACAUGUACAUUAACCUCAUACAACAACUACUCACUGCUGAAAGUGAUGAAUGUCUCAUGUAUUGCUUGCUGGAAGUAGUAGCUGUGGCUGCUGAUCGCUUGGCUGGGUUAUUUUGGGACCAGCUUAACUGGAUCAAACGUUUGUCCUGUUCAACCAAAGAGGACAUGAGAGAACAUGCUGCACAAUUGUACUCGAUUGUUUUGCAUAAUGCUGCUGAUGUUAAAUCUGUCAUAUCAUCACUCCAAGAAUUUCAUAAUAAUCUGGAUUCAAAGAAUCUUGAGAUGCAGCAUUCUUCAAUCUUGAUGCUGGGCUAUGUGAUAGGACAGCAUCUGCGUCAGACUAGUGACCCUCAGGCUAUGGAACAGGAAGGUUUGAAAGAAAUAUAUGAGGCUAUGCAAAAGGCUCUGAAAAAAUUAGCAUUCUUCCUGAAAGAUGGUAGUACAAUCCUGUGUAGUGGGGCUUGUAUUGCUCUUGGGGAAAUUGGUAGGAAUGGGCCCUUGCCAUUAGCUCCUGGAUCCCCAGAUGAUAAAGAAGAUAGUGAAGAAGUGACCAAACUAACAGUGGUGAAAUCACUCUUACGUUUGGUCCAGUCUAUAAAAGAGAAAGAUCCUAUAAAGAACAAAGAACAUGCUGCCACUUGUCUUGGAAAUUUGUGUGUUGGAGAUCCAGAUUUCCCUUACACCCACAAAGUUAUUGAGGGAAUAAUGGCUGCUGUUCAGGCCAAACAAAUGGAACUACAUAUGACCAUUGCUGAGGCAUUGGUUUGUGCUGCCCUUGGUGUCACCUCUCCCAGUGGAAGAAAUAUUUGGAUUCAGCAAGAACAUGAAUUCAAGGCAUCAGUUGCUAACAAAAAGGAUGAAGUGGAAUGGUAUUUAUUGAAAUUGUUGAAAGAGCAUAUCCAUAGUCAAAAUCAUCAUGUACGGCAGGCUUCCUGCAUAUGGUUACUGUCUCUUGUAAAGCAUUGUGGACAUCAUGCCGCCUUGCAGAAACGACUGCCAGACAUUCAAGCUGCUUUCAUGCAACUGCUUUCAGAAAAUGAUGAAGUUACCCAAGAUUUCACCUCAAAAGGAUUAGCCUUGGUCUAUGAGAACUGUUCAGCUGAGCAAAAGAACAUUCUGGUUCAGGAAUUAGUGGAAACACUCAUGACUGGGAAGAGAAGCCGAAAAAAUGUUACAGAUGAUACAGAAAUAUUCGAAGUUGGUGUUUUGGGCAAGACUCCUGAGGGAGGUUCCAUGUCAACCUACCGAGAGUUGUGUUCUAUUGCGAGUGACCUUAACCAGCCUGAUCUCAUAUACAAAUUUAUGCAUCUGGCCAAUCACCAGGCCACAUGGAAUUCAAAAAAGGGUGCUGCUUUUGGUUUUAGCACUAUAGCCCAGUUUGCUGGGGAACAGUUAGCUCCUUUUCUCCCAAAGAUUGUACCUCGACUUUACCGUUAUCAAUUUGACCCUAACCCAAAAGUGCAACGCGCUAUGACCAGCAUCUGGGAGUCCCUUGUCACAGACAACAAAAAAACGUUGGAUUUAUACAUCAAUGAAAUUCUGGAUGACCUACUGAAAAAUCUUACAGCCCCUGAGUGGCGAGUUCGUGAAUCAAGUUGCCAUGCAGUCAGUGAUUUGUUACGUGGACGUCAAAUGAGUGACAUUGUUGACAAACUGCCUGCACUUUGGGAGAUUUGUCUCCAAGUACGAGAUGACAUUAAGGAAUCUGUCCGAACUGCUGCUGAUCAGACUUGCAAGAAUCUCAGUCAGAUAUCCGUAAAAGUAUGUGAUGUGAAUAAUGGAAAAGUUGGUGAGAAAGCAUUCAGCCUUGUGCUGCCUUGUCUUUUGAAACACAGUUUACAGAGCCAAGUGCAAGAGGUUCGUACGAUUGGAUUGUCAACAAUUUUAAAGAUGAGCAAAAAUGCAGGCAAACUCAUCAGACCACACAUUCCAUUGUUAGUGAUUGCUUUACUUGAGGCAGUAAGUGGAUUGGAACCCCAAGUGAUGAAUUAUCUGUCUGUGAGAGCUGGUGCAGGUAGUCAGGCCACCCAAGAAAAGUUGGAUUUAGCUCGUAUUGCUGCUUCAAAAUCAUCUCCAAUGAUGGAGACCGUCAAUUUUUGUGUUCAGUAUGUGGAUAGUUCUGUCCUCCCUGAAUUAGUACCACGUCUUGUGGAACUGGUCAAGAGUGGAAUUGGUGUUGGCACCAAGGCUGGUUGUGCCAGUUUCAUCACCUCACUGGUAACCCAAUGUCCCCAUGAACUUUCACCUCAUGCAGGCAAAUUAAUGUCAGCCAUGUUGACAGGAUUGUCUGACAGAAAUGUGGCUGUGAGAAAAGCCUAUGCUUCUGCUCUUGGUCAUUUGGUCAAGGUGGCUAAUGAUAGCAGCACUGAAAAGUUGAUGAUGAAACUGAAAACUUGGUAUAUGGAAAAAGAUGAAGCUGCUCAAAUAGCUUGUGGAAUAACCUUGCAUGCUGUUAGCCAUCACAACCCUGAUAUUCUAAAGAGACAUGCCGCUUUGGUGAUGCCCUUUGUAUUUUUUGCUAUGCAUGAACAGAAAGAUAUGGAAAAAGAUCCAGAUACCAACAUGUCAGUUUGGGAUGAUGUUUGGUUUGAAAUAACCCCAGGCACAGAAUCUGGAAUCCGCCUCUACCUGACAGAAAUUACAGAAAUUCUCAAUAGUUGCCUUGAGUCUCAAAUGUGGAACACUAAAGCCCAGGCAGCCACAGCAAUUGGCACUGUGGCCAAAAAAUUGGGCAAAAACCUGGAAUCUCCCAGCUUAGAUCUCCUGUUGUCAGCUGUUUUGAAAGGAUUAUCAGGAAGAACAUGGAAUGGAAAGGAAAAAUUGUUGGAGGCAUUGGAAAAUAUUUGUUGCAGUUGCCAAGUUUCCCUCCAACAAAGGAAAGAGUCUGAUGAAAGCAAACCAAAUUUACCUCAGAUUGUUGAAGUUGUUCUCAGAGAAUGCAAAAAAGAGAAUACAAAAUACAGAAUGAAGGCCCUACAAUGUGCUGGCAGGAUACUGGAGUUGUAUGAAAUUGAUAGAUUUGAAACUCUCUGGGUUUUACUGCAGCCAACAUUAAACAAGUCCGAGAGCGAAUUGAAUGAGGAUGGAGAUGGUUCAACUUCUCAACUUGGUAUCAGAGUUACCUACCAAGAAAGUGUCUUCGAUUGUUUGGGCAAAGCUUGGCCCAAUGUGGAAGAAACACAAACUGCCUACCAAGAAUCCUACAGCGAUCAGCUUUGCCAGUCUUUAGCCCGUGGUGUGUGGAAAAUCCAAGUUUCUAUUAUGAAGUCAAUGCAGAAAUUCACUGAAAGAUUGUUGCUUUGGAAAGACCAAGAAACACUUCAAAACAACAUUCCUGUUGCAAGUAAAAUCAUCAACCAAAUCCUUUCAUCUGUGAUACCUUGUCUUGGCAAUAUGAAAUACACUGUGAUACGAUCUGAAGCACUGGCUGUGAUCACUCAAAUCAUCAAGAAACUGAAUGACUUGGACAACAAAUCAUUAAUGACAGAAAAACUUAAAGAAGAACUCAUCAAAAGUUUGGCUCCUUUAAUGGAAAACAAAAAGAAUGAAAUGUAUCAGAAAGUAGUGGACAUUCAUGUGUUGCUAGGUCUCCCUAUUGACAUGGAAUCUUGA